AAUCAAUAAUAUCCCAUUUGAAGACUUAAAUAUUGAUGAAAUCACAAUAUAUUUUAAUUCAAAUAGUUGGUCAAGGAUUGUCCUUAUAAAUGCAGUGAUAUUAAAAAGAAAUCUGAUUUUAGCCAUAAAAAACCGGAAGUUAGCUUAAACCGGAAGUUCUUCAUGUUAGCUAACUUAGCUUUACAUAACAGUUUAGACCACAGACAGUUUAGUUGCAGCGAAGUCUGGUGUUGCAGCUCUCCGCAAAGAUAACAGCUCCAUAGUUGUGUACAAGGACUUAAAAUGCUGUCUUACAUCAUUGGCCUGAUCCGCGGCAGCUUAGACAGCAUCAUCAACAUCCUCUUCAGACUUUUCUUCUCCAAGAGGAGACCUGCCAUCACCUUAGAGGACCCCAAUAUUAAAUAUGCACUCCGGCUGAUUGAUAAACAGAUUGCCAGUCAUGACACGAGAAAGUUCCGCUUCGCACUACCUUCAAAUGAACACGUCCUGGGUCUGCCUGUUGGACAGCACAUCUAUUUGUCGGCAAAAGUGGAUGGAAAGUUGGUCGUCCGUCCAUACACGCCUGUGUCCAGCGAUGAUGACAAAGGCUACGUGGACCUGGUGGUGAAGGUUUACUUUAAAGGUGUAAAUCCUAAAUUCCCAGAGGGCGGGAAGAUGAGUCAGUACUUGGAGAGCCUCAAGAUUGGUGAAACCAUUGACUUCAGAGGACCCAGCGGACUUCUUGUUUACAAAGGCAAAGGUGUUUUCGCCAUUCAGUCGGAUAAAAAGUCUCCAGCCGAGCUCAAGACAGCCAAACAUGUUGGAAUGAUCGCUGGAGGGACAGGGAUCACGCCGAUGCUGCAGCUCAUCACAGCAGUGACGAAUGACCCUCGGGACCAAACAGUGUGUCACCUGCUGUUCGCCAACCAGACGGACAAGGACAUUUUGCUGCGAGAGGAGUUGGAGGAGAUUCAGGUCAACCACCCCGACCGCUUCAAGCUGUGGUUCACCGUGGACAGGGCACCAGAAAACUGGGAGUUCAGUGAAGGCUUCAUCAGUGAGGACAUGGUGAGGGAACAUCUGCCAAUUCCAAGUGAUGACACCCUCAUCCUCAUGUGCGGGCCUCCCCCCAUGAUCCAGUUUGCCUGCAACCCCAACCUUGAUAAAGUGGGUCACUCUAACAGCCGUAGGUUCAUCUUUUAGACGUCCGUCCACACGAGCCGGAGGCUGCUUAAGAGGCCUUAUAGUUUUUGUCUCUGCCCUGGAAGCAGCGGGGAUUGCACAAAGAAUAUACAUCAUGUAAAGCAUUCACAAGGUCAUAUUUAUCUGCAACACGGACACAGUGAAGACCGACUCAGGACGGAGAUGAAGUCAGACGAGUUGUGGUUGCAAACCUACUGGCACUUGUUUUUGGAGUUUAGGUUGUCUUCUGAGUGCCUUAAUACUUGCAAAGCUUAAUUAUAAUGCAUGUUCGUUAUGACCAGUGCUUAUUCAUAGAGACUUGCUCAUUAUUUGAGGCUACUGAAUAUUCCAGUUGUCUGAAAUGUCAGUUUUGGUUAAAACUUAGUUGAUAACCCAAAGAAUAGCCUGCAGGGCGGCUAACUGUGGCUGUUUGGUAUGAAACAAAGCUCAUCUCUGUUAUUCAUGUUUAUUUUGUAUGGUGAUGUCUCCAUGGUAACUGCAUUGUGACUCAUGACAAUAAAGCAACAUAAUGGUU